AUGAAGUACAUUCUGGUUUCGGGAGGCGUCAUCUCCGGUGUAGGCAAGGGCAUCAUCGCGUCCAGCACUGGUUUGCUUUUGAAGACACGCGGUCUCAGAGUGACUAGCAUUAAGAUCGACCCUUAUAUGAAUGUUGAUGCUGGGACUAUGAGCCCUACCGAGCAUGGAGAGGUGUACGUGUUAGAUGACGGCGGGGAGGUUGACCUGGACCUGGGAAACUACGAGCGCUACCUGAACAUUUCGCUAAGCCACGAGCACAAUAUAACAACCGGAAAGAUCUACCUACACGUUAUUGAGCGAGAGCGUCGAGGCGACUAUCUGGGCAAAACGGUUCAGAUCGUGCCCCACUUGACCGAUGCAAUUCAAGACUGGAUUGAGCGUGUGGCUAAAAUUCCCGUCGAUGAAUCUGGAGAAGAGCCACACGUGUGUAUUGUUGAGCUUGGAGGCACAAUCGGAGACGUGGAGUCAGGUGUCUUUUUUGAAGCCAUGCGUCAGCUUCAGAGACGGGCUGGCAAGGGUAAUUUUCUCCAGAUCCAUGUCUCUUAUGUUCCCGUUAUUCCUCCAGGUAGCGGCGAGCAAAAGACAAAGCCAACCCAGCGGGCGAUCAGCGAUGUCAGGAGCGCGGGGCUCAGCCCAGACUUGAUUGCCUGCCGCUGCGAGAGACCGCUCGAAGGUCAAACCAUCGUCAAAAUCGCCAAUGCUUGUCAAGUUGAUCGAGACCAAGUCCUCACUGUUCACAAUGUCUCAACGACCUACCACGUUCCCGUCCUUCUUGAGAACCAAGGUGUUCUUUCAACCAUAAACCGUAUCCUUCAACUGGAUGCAAUUCAGAUACCAAAACUUCUUCUCGAAAAGGGUACCACCACAUGGACGGAAUGGAAGUCCCUGGCCUCAAGCCAAGAUCAUACACAGGUGACUGUGUCUAUUGCCCUUGUUGGCAAAUAUACGAGCCUUCACGACUCUUACAUGAGUGUUAGCAAGUCGCUGGAACAUGCGGCUAUGCACUGCAAGCGGAAAAUCAAUCUUAUCUGGGUUGACGCAUCUCAUCUAGAAGAGACGACACAGGAGUGCUCCCCUGCGGAGUUUCACAAGGCGUGGCAUGCCGUCUGCAUGGCAGAUGGAAUCCUAGUCCCCGGCGGUUUCGGCCAUCGGGGAACAGAAGGCAUGAUCAAAGCAGCCAAAUGGGCCAGGACAAAUAACAUUCCAUACCUGGGUAUAUGUCUAGGCAUGCAGCUAGCCGUCAUUGAAUACGCACGUAAUGUUUGCGGUAUCGACGCGGGCAGCGAGGAAUUCGACGAGAAUCAUUCCAACCCAGCCAUCGUCUACAUGCCAGAAAUAAACAAGGAAAAGAUGGGCGGUACGAUGCGAUUGGGCAAGCGACCCACCAUCUUCCAGCCUGGCACGGAUUGGUCCCGUCUGCGAAAGCUGUACGGAGGUACACCGGCCAUCUGGGAGCGACAUAGACAUCGCUACGAAGUCAAUCCCCAAAUGGUGGAGAUGCUGGAGAAGGCCGGACUGACAUUCAUAGGUAAGGAUAACAAGGGCGAACGGAUGGAAAUUGUCGAGCUUAGGGAUCACAAAUGGUACGUUGGCGUGCAAUUCCAUCCAGAGUACCUCUCCCGAGUUCUCGCGCCCAGCAAAACAUUCCUGGGCUUCUUUGCCGCUGCCGCUGCCUGUCUGGAGGAAAUUAGCGAGACCUACAAAGAUCGAUAUGACCUAAGCCACCAAGAGAUAGAUCUUAAUUUGAUUCCAGGCCGAUAG